UCCAGUUGGCUUUUGAGUGGAUAAUUGUUGCAGUGAGCUCAGUGACAUUGGAAGCGACUCUUGUCCAUUUGAAUUACUUAAAACACCACCAUGAAAAGAAAUACCUGUGAUCUGCUUUCUCGGAGCAAAAGUGCUUCUGAGGAAACACUGCAUUCCAGUAAUGAAGAGGAAGACCCUUUCCGAGGAAUGGAACCCUAUCUUGUACGGAGACUUUCUUGCCGCAAUGUUCAGCUUCCCCCUCUUGCCUUCAGACAGUUGGAACAAGCAGACUUGAAAAGUGAAUCAGAGAACAUUCCCAGACCGACCAGCCUCCCUCUGAAGAUUCUACCACUGAUUGCUAUCACUUCUGCAGACUCCAGUGGGUGAGUGCCUCUGGGCAACAUUUUCCCGUUUUAUAUUUUGGAUGGUGAUGUUAUCUUUGGUCUUUUGAGAUUUUGUGGCUCAUUGCCUGAUUUGAUUGGGAGGAAAAUGUCUCUACCUCUACAGGAGAAGCUGUUUUAGUCAAACGGUUUUACACAGAGGAGUUGAACAGGUAUUGGUGAAUGAGAAUAAACAUCUAAGAAAGGAGACUUGGACUUGGAAAAUUAAUAUUGGUCAUAUGUGAUUUAAUAAAAAAAAUUCUUAAUACAUGAGAACUAAUUAACACAUUAAUACAUAGGCAUACAUAUCUGGAAACAGUAGGUCAUGUUCACUGGUACAAAAUGAAUUUUGAAUCAAGAAUAGAUUGUCAUGUAAUAA